AUCCCACUCGGUCCCCUUUUCCGCAAUCAGCCCGAAUUCGGACGGCAGUGAGCGCUUUUCAUCAAAUUGAGCAUUAGCUGCGCUCAAACCGACGAGAUCGCUCUACACACGCAAGCCAUCCGUGAAGCAGGCGGAAUGGCGUCUGCUUCGCCCAUUGACAAUUACCCAUCCGCUUCUACCGGCACCAAUAGUGGGAGUGCCUCACCUCGACAGCCCAUAACUCCGAAACAUGUUCAAUUCGAACUUCUUUUUCCCGAAUCCCCCCAAUACCGUGCGCGAAUCCCAUUGCGUGUACAAAUAUUCCCUCACGAUGACACGGAAUCGAUAAUUUCGACCGUUAAAAACUUCUAUGGUCUCUACCAUGGGGGCAAGGGUGUUAGUCAAGGUGUCAGUUUCGAGGACGAUCGGGGUAAUACUCUCAUCGCACGAUAUGAGAACUUCAGCAAUAAUAUGGUUGUAUAUGUAAGGGUCAUUGAGGAGUCUCCUCCACCCGCAGGCGCUUUUGGCCAAAAUGGAUUUCCCGCACCGGGGCCAGUCGAAUAUAGUGCUCAACCAUCAGGGCACCAUAUCUCAAGGCCUGCGUCGAGGACUUCCAGGAAGCGCAGUCCAUCUCCUAACGGGGGUCGUGGUAGGCGUAGCGCGUCUGCUAGCACGAAUCCUACUGUCGGGAAGAAAGGUCGCUCGCGCUCUACAAAAAACCGUGGUGCGAACUACGAUAACCGUAGCGAUAGCAUCAAUGGUUACAGUAGUGGGGAUGGCGCACCUGCUUCUGUAUCAAGCAAAGCAAAGGAACAAAUCGGCAACACCGAUAUUAGUGUUGAAAACAUAGUAGAAGGUGGUCGCCGAAAGCGCGCAAAGUUUGAGAGCUCGGAAUUGCCUCUUUUUGCGCCGCCUCAAAUGCCCGCUGCCACCUCCAAUCCCUCUGUCUCCCCUGUUCGCCGAGUCGAACAUCCGCGGCCGGCUUUCCCGUUCGCACAUCCUGGGCAGAGCGUUUUUUCAAAUGCUCGAGCACUCCAAUCCCCACAAAGUUAUAAUAAUGGAUAUGGCCAAGCAGGCAUGUUUGCGACGCCGGUGAGCGACUCCCGUCGUCAUCGUGGCAGUAUCGGAUAUCCAAACAAUGGUGUCAUCUUGCCAACUCCUGAUCCCACCAUAGGAAGCUGUGUGUCCGAGGAAGAUAAAGAUGUUGCCAUCCAACUAAUGAGGUUGGGCGACAUGUCCAACAUAUCUCACGGCAGGACUUCCGCCUCGACAUUAGAUGAUACAUUCAGCGGCAAAGCUGAUAUCGCUUCGUCAACGGGUGCUACUAGUGAUGCCGACAGCGAAAGCGAAAGUGAAUUGCCUCCUCCAAAGCGUCGCCAGAAGCUCGACCUAGCUGGCGGCAACCGUAAGAUCUACCAGACUACACACAGCCAUUUUAUGCCACCGCGCGACAGCGCCGAUGCUAGCGGCGACGACGCUGACUACGAAGAUGGCAUUGAAGAUGGUCCUGUUAAGGAAACGAAAUCAAAUGAGCCCAAGCCCAAGGCCCCACAAAACGGCAAAUCGCAAGCGCCGGGGGUGAAGCCCAUUAAGACCAAAGCCCCUAGAGCACCUAAGACUACCAAGGCGAAGAAAGCAAACGCACCUGCUGUUCCUAGCACAAUGGUCCCAAUGUCGCCCGCGUCUUUGCCAAAUCAGUCGCGAAAGCCUUCGAUUGCCUCGGCUACCACUGCUCCGGGACAGCCGGGAGACGACGAUCAACCCGAUCUAUCCACCAAGCCGCGUUGCCAAAGAUGUCGCAAGAGCAAGAAAGGAUGCGACCGACAGCGGCCAUGUGGUCGUUGCCGCGAUGCCGGCCUCAGCGCCGACCAAUGCAUUAGCGAAGACGAGGGUAAUGGUCGAAAGGGUCGCUACGGCCGCCAUAUGGGUGUUCCCAUCAAAACAGCCGAAAUUCCCGGGCCGCCUACCCUCCUUCCUGCUGCUCCUAUCGCGGCGCCCGCUGUAGCAGGUGACAAAAACAAGAAGCGAAAGCGGUAGGUCACCCGUCAUGGGACUACGCUUGGCAGCGCAUCGAAACCCGGCAACACAUAUGACCCGUAGGUCCAUUGGGAGUAUUUCUCUCUCUUGACUGCGUCUGCUCUUGGGUGUUGAGCUUCGAAUCUAUUGGUUUCGAUUAUCCGAAACAUCUCUGGCUGGAUACAUAUGUGUCCUAGACACCGCACUACAUUACGCUAUACAAUUCUACAAUAGAAUACACCCUCAUAUGGGUGUAGUGUGCACGUUUCCGCUGGUGCGAAAAUAUGGGGGGUCGGGGAGUUGGGUGGCGGUAUGCUUGUCUUGUUUCCCUUCGUCGGAGUUUUAUUCCUAUCGGAAUCGGAAGAGGCGUAAAGGGAACAGGUACUUAAUA